AUGAAGAGACAACUUAGGAAAUCUUAUAGCGUAUCCACUUCUCGUACUUCACGUACUUCUCGUACUUCACGUACUUCUCGUACUUCUCAUACUUCUCAUACUUCUCGCACUUCUGAGAUUUCUCAUGAUUCUUGGUCGAGAGGAAAGUGUGGAACUAAAGUCAAACAAACUCAAACUGAGAUUUCAUCUUUUGACCAGAAUCUGCUAGAAAAAAAAAAUCCGGAAUUUUUAUUUAUAAAGAACGAGCCAGUAACAUCUGAAGACAUGGAUACAGGAACAGACCAUCAUUCUGGAUUUUCAAUGGAAUGCACUUCAAAUUCAUGGACCUAUAAGGACUCAGCAGAAACUGGUAGCACUGAUGAAAUAUUGAAAAACUUUUCUUCACUAAAUGUUAAAGACCAAAGCACCAGUGAAUAUGAUAAUGAUUCCGUAAGUAGCAGCCUCUACACAGUAGAUAAAGAUGAGUAUUCGAAAUACAAAAUUUUCUCUGGUCUUGAAAUCGUUGCAUUAAUUGGCAUAACACGACGAGUUUAUGAUGAACUUGCAGCUUUCCUACUUUAUGAAGAUAACACCUUGGAGUUUGUACCUACUCGUAUUGUUGCGAGCGAAGCACCAGGCCUUCUCAUUCGAUUUUACGAGAAAUACCUUCGAUUUGAGUAA